ACGCCAUCUAACCAGUUGCCCACAGACAGCACCUGAGCAUCAAGGGAAUAGAUAUCGUAAAAACAAACUCCAGAAACACUCAUAAAGCAGAAUUGAAUAGGAUGGACUCCCCUCCAGAGGGUGAGGAGGCUGGAAGAGAAAGAGCUGGCAGAGGAGUUCGGAGUGGGCAGCUUCCCCACGCUCAAGCUCUUCACCGAGGGGCGCAGGGCCAACGCAACGGACUUCAGCGUUACAUGUUCAUGAAUGGAGAGCAAGAUGCAGGACCACAGACACACAGACCAGUGUCUCCAGCGCCCAGCUGUGUGUCUAUGAAGAGUGACAAGUCCAUGGGGGUGCCUCUCAAGUUCAGCAGUGAAGAACCUCAGUCUGGUCCACAACCACAGACACACAGGCCAGUGUCUCCAGCGCCCAGCUGUGUGUCCAUGAAGAGUGACAAGUCCAUGGGGGUGCCUCUCAAGUUCAGCAGUGGAGCACCUCAGUCUGGUCCACAACCACAGACACACAGACCAGAGUCUCCAGGACCCAGCAGUGUGUCCAUGAAGAGUGACAAGUCCAUGAAGGAGUGUCAGAAGUUCAGCAGUAGAGCACAGCAAUCUGGUCUAAUAUAUCAGCAGAUCCACAAGUCUCACCUGCAGAAGAAGUUUCAAUGUCUGAUUGAAGGAAUCUCACAGCAAGGAUACACCAGACUCCUCCAUGAGAUCUACACAGACCUCUACAUCACAGAGGGGGGAAGAGGAAGGGUCAAUGAUGAACAUGAGGUCAGACAGAUAGAGAGGGCAUCCUGGAGAGAAGCAGCACAAGGCAGACCAAUCAGAUGCAGUGACAUCUUUAAACCCUUAUCUGGACAAGUGAACCCCAUCAGAAUAGUGGUGACAAAGGGAAUGGCUGGUAUUGGAAAAACAGUGUCUGUGCAGAAGUUCAUUCUGGACUGGGCUGAGGGAACAGCCAAUCAAGAUAUAGAUUUUAUGUUUCCUCUUUCGUUCAGGGAGCUGAACCUGAUGAAGGAGAAGAAACUCAGUCUGGUGGGUCUUAUUCAGCACUUUUUUCCAGAAAUCAAAGAUUCCAGAGUCUUCACCAGUUCAGAGCACAGAGUCAUGUUCAUCUUAGAUGGUCUAGAUGAGUGUCGGAUUCCUCUAGAUUUUCACUCCAAAUCAAGGUGUUGUAAUGUGACAGAGAAAACCUCAGUAGACAGGCUGAUAACAAAUCUCAUCAAGGGGAAUCUGCUUCCUUCUGCUCUCCUCUGGAUCACCACUCGACCAGCAGCAACCAAUCAGAUUCCUCAUAUGUGUGUGGACCUGGUGACAGAAAUAAGGGGAUUCAACAACCCACAGAAGGAGGAGUACUUCAGGAAGAGAAUCAGAGAUGAGAACCUGGUCAGCAGAACCGUCACACACUUGAAGUCAUCCAGGAGCCUCUACAUCAUGUGCCACAUUCCAGUCUUCUGUUGGAUUUUAGACACUGUGGUAGAGAAAAUAUCAGAGGAAGCAGUGAAUGUAGAAAUUCCAAGGACUCUGACUCAAAUGUACACACGCUUCCUGGUCGUUCAGACAAGCAAAAAAAGGGACAAGUACACAGAGAGACAAGAGACAGACGAAGAGGUGAUUUUCAAAUUGGGGAAACUGGCUUUCCAGCAGCUGGAGAAAGGCAAUUUGAUCUUCUAUGAGGAAGACCUGAGAGAGUGUGGGAUUGAUAUCACAGAAGCAUCAGUUUACUCAGGAGUGUGUACUCAGAUCUUCAGAGAGGAGCCAAGGCUAUACCAUAAGGAACUCUUCAGCUUUGUACACCUGACCAUCCAGGAGUUUCUUGCAGCUUUAUAUGUGUUUGUCUGCUUCAAGAACAGAGAGAGAAGCAUGCCUGACCAACAGCAAACCUCUCAGCUCUCUGCUCUGUUCAGAGCUGCAACACUUCAUGACCUACACAAGACUGCAGUGGACCUGGCCUUACAGAGUAAGAAUGGACACCUGGACCUUUUCCUCCGCUUCCUUCUGGGCUUCUUACUGGAGUCCAAUCAGACUCUCCUAAAGUUCCUUCUGCCACAGAGUAGUAGCCAAUCAGAUAGCCCAGAGCAAACAGUCCAGUAUGUCAAACAGAAGAUCAGAGAUCAGCGUAGCUCAGACAGAAGGAUCAACCUGUUCUACUGUCUGAUUGAACUGAAUCACCAUGCCGUAGUGGAGGACAUUGACAUCAGCUUGGGAACUCUGUGUGUAGACAUGCUCUUACCAGGAAGGUGGGAGACUAAGAGAUUUAAGUUCAAGAUGUCAGACCAGCAGCUGGUUGAGUUUGACCUGCAGAAAUACAUAAAGACACCAGAGAAAGACCAGACUGAACUCCUCAGUCCUGAUGAAGUUCUUCUGAAGCUGCUGCCUGGUGUCACAACAUUCACAUCAGUGGAGCUGAUUGACUGUAAUCUGACACAGAAGAGCUGCUCCUAUCUGGCCUCUGCCCUGACCGCACACUCCUCAAGUCUCAGACUGCUGGAGCUGGGGGUCAAUGAGCUGCUGGACUCAGGAGUGGAACUUUUAUGUUCUGCACUUCGUCAUCAAAACUGCAAACUGGAGGACCUACAGCUCUGGAGAUGCAAUCUUAAAGAGAUGAGCUGUUCCUAUCUGGCCUCUGCUCUGAUCUCACACUCCUCAAGUCUCAGACUGUUGGACUUGACUAACAAUGAGCUGCUGGACUCAGGAGUGAAAUUUCUAUGUGAAGGUCUUCGUCAUCAAAAUUGCAAACUGGAAAAACUACAGUUGAGAGGCUGUAAACUGACCAAGAAGAGCUGUUCCUAUCUGGCCUCUGCUCUGACCGCACACCCAUCAAGUCUCAGACUGCUGGACCUGAGGGGCAAUGAGCUGCUGGACUCAGGAGUGGAACAUCUGUGUUCUGCUCUUCAUCAUCAAAACUGCAGACUGGAGGAACUACACUUGAUUGGCUGUGGUCUGACAGAGGAAAGCUGUUCCUAUCUGACAACUUCUCUGACCUCAAACUCAAGUCUGACAGACCUGGAUCUACAGGGCAAUGACCUGAGUGAAUCAGCUGUAAAGCAGCUCUAUGAUCUAGUGGAGGACCCACACUAUAAACUGGAGAAACUAAAGUGGUAUUCUUUGUGAACGCACACACACACACACACACACACACACACACACACAAACACACACACACACACACACACACACACACACACACCAGCAGAAUACAGGGAACAGCCUCUUUCUAACACACAUAGAGACACACACACACACACGAACGAGCAGCACACAGGAAACAGUCUCUUUCUGACAACAGUAAAAUAAAUGGUGAAUGGUGAGGCAUGUCCUGAUCAGCCAGAGAUGAUUGACAGCAUGCAGCAUGGACUCAGCAGACAGAGGAGGAGCAGUCACACUCAAACAUGUGGACAUAUGAGCCAUACAGACUGGAGAAGACAUUUUAUGAAUGUCAGUAUAUGUUGUAUGUAUUGUCUGGUCACGUAUGAAGCCAUAUGGAUAUAUGGACUAGGGUAGACAUAUUAAAGAGCCCAUAUUAUUAAUUUUUCAACAAGUUUCUUUCAGUUCCAGAAAACAUGUUUCUGUGAUGUAUACUGUAUCUGAUUGAUGCUGACAGCCAGCCACAGGCAGCUUGACUAUGACUACAUUUGGGUUACUCAUAAACUAGAAAGAGCAAAACAAACAAAAAAACCCAUGAAUACACAGAUAAUUCAUACACAAGCCUUAUGCAUGUUGUGCUUAUUUAUUGUUAAAGUAUUUAGUAAGUGUAAGCCCUUUUCACUCCCAAACUUCGAUGCAGCUCCAUAGGUUUUUAAUAUUUUCUCAUUUUCUAAAAUUUUCCCUGACGAGGGAGUAUGGAAGCCUGCCAGGGUUAUUGCAAGAUUUGGUGUUUGUCCAGAAAACGUUCUACGUGAAAAUGCACUACUGUCAAAAAUAAUUAAUAAACUCUUGGGCUUGAAAAUGUGGUUCUCUCCUUCUCAGAUGAAGAACAAUGAACAUUAUUUUGUUAACUAUUGACAUUUUUUUUCAAUAUACAGUAUCUGCAAUGCAUUUGUUAAUGUAUAUUUCUUUUUUCUUUCUUGUGGCUCAGAUGUGGGGUCAUAAAAUAAAAUGUAAAUGGAGGUUCA